GCGGUUAUGGACCAGGGGGCCGGCGCCGGGCAGCAGCGGGAUCGCGGCCGCCUCGGCGCGCCGUCCUCAGGGACGCGGGCCCCGGGGACGCCCUGGGCACGCUUCUCGGCCUGGCUGGAGUGCGUGUGCGUGGUCACCUUCGACCUGGAGCUGGGCCAGGCACUAGAGCUGGUGUACCCCAGCGACUUCCAGCUCACAGACAAGGAGAAAAGCAGCAUCUGCUACCUGUCCUUUCCCGACUCCCACUCAGGCUGCCUCGGGGACACGCAGUUCAGCUUUCGCAUCCGUCAGUGUGGAGGGCAGAGGCGCCCCGGGCACGUGGGUGAGAAGCGCAGCGACAGUUGGGCUCCCGCGUCUCUGCAGGCAGGUGAAGGACAGUUCCAUGAAGCGGGGCUACUUCCAGAAGUCGCUGGUGCUGCUGUCCCGCCUGCCCUUCGUCCGGCUGUUCCAGGCACUGCUGGGCCUGGUGGCCCCCGAGUUCUUCGACAAGCUGGCGCCCUGCCUGGAAGCAGUCUGCAACGAGAUCGACCAGUGGCCGGCGCCUGCGCCGGGGCAGACCCUGAACCUGCCCAUCAUGGGAGUCGUCCUCCAGGUGGGGGCUGGCGGCUGGCGCGGGGGCCCGUGCGUGUGGCCCACCCCGCCGGCAGCUGCUCCCUUGGUCCACAGGUGCACAUCCCACUGAGAGCGGACACGCCUGAGCCCGGGCCUCCGAAACAGAGCAGCCACGAGACCCUGCUGCCAGCCCCGGUGGUCCUCCCCAGCGUCCACGAGCUUGACCUGUUCAGGUGCUUCCGGCCCGUGCUGGCCCACGUGCAGCUGCUGUGGGAGCUGAUGCUCCUCGGGGAGCCCCUGCUGGUCCUGGCGCCCUCGCCGGCUGUGUCCUCGGAGAUAGUCCUGGCAUUGACCAGCUGCCUGCAGCCCCUCAAGUUCUGCUGUGAUUACCGCCCCUACUUCACCAUCCACGACAGCGAGUUCAAGGAGUUCACCACGCGCACGCAAGCCCCACCAAACGUGGUCCUGGGAGUCACAAACCCUUUCUUUAUCAAAACACUCCAGCAUUGGCCCCACAUUCUCCGAGUCGGGGAGCCCAAGAUGUCAGGGGACCUUCCCAAGCAGGUCAAACUGAAAAAGCCCUCGAGGCUGAAGACCCUGGACACCAAGCCAGGCCUCUACACCGCGUACACGGCCCACCUCCACCGAGACAAGGCCCUGCUCAGACGGCUGCUGAAGGGCCUGCAGAAGAAGCGGCCGUCUGAUGUGCAGACGGCGGUGCUGAGGCGGCACCUCCUGGAGCUCACCCAGAGCUUUAUCGUCCCUUUGGAGCACUACAUGGCCAGCCUCAUGCCGCUGCAGAAGGGCAUCGUGCCCUGGAAGACUCCUCCCCAGAUCCGCCCCUUCCGCCAGGAUGACUUCCUACAAAGCCUGGAGCGCGCGGGGCCCCAGCUCACCUGUGUCCUCAAGGGUGACUGGCUGGGCCUCUACAGGUGGGCGGCCCAUCGGCGGGGUCCAGGGCUCCUGCGGCCAGUGGGCGCACACACCCACCCGUCAGCCCACGGGAGCCCACAGCCACCACCCCCCUGCCCCGACAGGCGGUUUUUCAAGUCCCCCCAUUUUGACGGGUGGUACCGGCAGCGUCACAGGGAGAUGACCCAGAAGCUGGAGGCCCUUCACCUCGAGGCCAUCUACAGCCUGUCGUCCGCACAGAACAUCGAGAUCUGGAUGAAGGACAAGUCCGAGGUGGAGGUCGUGGAUCUGAUCCUGAAACUUCAGGAGAGACUGGUUCGGGCACAGGGCCACCAGCUGCCCGUGAAGGAGGCAACACUGACGCGGGCACGGCUGUACAUUGACACGGCCAUCGGCUCCCUGCCCAAGGACCUGCAGGCCGUCCUGUGCCCUCCCUAGGACGGUGCCCGUGGGCCGUGGCCAGGGUCUGGCCGAGCUGCUGCCCUCCCCCGCCCUCCCCAACAAGCUCCCUGCUGCCCGCCACCUGGCACCGCUGUCAUCCAGCAGUAAAGGUGGCAUUUGGAACCGCAGCCUGGACCCUGACUGUUGGCAGCUCCUGUGCUCACCCCACCCUGGGCCCCACCUGCCCGCUCUGAGGUCUUAGGCGAGUGGGGAGGCGGCACGCUGUGAGCCCUGGCUGAUCUGAUCUGGGCCAAGGCCACCCACCCCCUCCAGACGCCCAUCUGCCCGCACCCUGCAGGCCUGGGCAUUGCCUUUGAUGCGCCCCUUAGACCCACCAGGACGCCGGCUCAGGACAGAAGACAGAAGGAGGUGGCUGCCAGGCAGACGCCUCCCUCACACAGGCGCGCGCCCCCCCCCUCCCCCCCACCUUCUUGCCUGGAGGGGAAUCUUGCCUCCAGUCCUCGCCUGGGGGCAGAGGAGCCGCUUCGCCCGGAGGAGUGCUGCCCUGUGGGUUCCACUCGAGGGACACCCUGCUGGGCACCCCUCCGGCGCUCGGCCCUGCCCACCCCAGGCUCACAGGCGCUCCAGUGGCCCCCUGUGUGUCCAUCGGCCCCCGCAGGCAAAAGAGGAUCUUGAACUCUAGCUAGACCCUGCAGCUAGAGCCCUCCCCAGCCUCCAGAGUUUUAGGGCCCCAGGCUCCUUGACAAGGAGUGAAAGGCACCCUGAAGUCCCACGCCCCCGUGGGACACGGUGGAGCACUGGACCCAGGCCCGACCAGUGCUGUCAGCUGCGCCCAGAGGGAAGCUUGGUCAGCCGGGGCAGGGAGGGGCGGGGCGAGGCCUGGACUCAGAGUCCCAGGCCUUCGGGAGGACCCAGACUCCCAGCGAAGCAGCCCAAGGCUGCACGGGAGAGGCUCCCUGAGGGCCGAGUGGGGUGUGGCCCAGCAGGAGGGGGCGCCUCCUGUCUCCUCUGGAGCACCCGCCCCCAGGGCCGGGCCGCACCACUGCUCCCCAGCAGGGGAGAGGGUGGCGCCCCCAGAUGGCAGAGGCACUGGUCUCAGAACCACUGAUGUCCGCUUGUUCCCCCUGAGCACCACCUCGGGCAGCCUGGCGUGUGGCUGCAGGUGGAAGAGAGUGAGGCCUUCAAGAGAGGGGGACCUGGUGGAUGCAAUGCCCCCGCAGCCCGCCGCUCUGGGCCAGGGCAGCCAGGCUCGGGGUGCGCCCCGCCAUCACUGCGGCACGUUGCCCAGUCUCCUCCCUCCGUUUUCGGAAGGUGAUGGCAUGUGCUGGAGGGCAGCCUCAACCAGGGCUGGGCUGCGAGGGCGCGCCGGGGUAUCCUUGACCCCCCAGACUUCUGCCUCCAGCAGUCCCGGCAGGCACCACCAGAUGCCCCUGGAUGCCGGCGCCCUUCCUCCAGCACCGCUUGAGUCCGCGCCACGGCCCCUCAGCAGCUUGUCCCCCUGGUGGGGGGUGCGGGGGAGGGCUGCCUGGCAGGGUGGGCAUCACUGCCCACGGCAGGCUCCAACGCUGACGGCCUCUGGGCAGAGCACAGCCUGGCGUGGGGUCCUGCCAGCUCCAUCCUCCCCCCCGGAAGCUCCCUGGUUCUCUCAGGAUCAGGUCAGCUCUGGCUGGGCUGAGCUUCUGUCCCUCCCCAGGGCCAGGGACGGACGGUGAGGAGGGAGGAAAGGUCAGCAGGGUCAAAAGAGGCCAACGCACCACCGACCAGGGCCCUGUGCACAGCCAGGCCUGGAGGGCAGGAAGCAGUGGUCCACGGGGGCUCCGCGGUCAGCCAGUGUGGGAGGCCUUCUGCUUCAGGAGGUUGUGUGUGGGUCUGGAGUGGUGGCCAGGGAUGGGCGUGGGACGACAGUGGGCUGAUCCAGGGACAGGAAGGACAGUCUUCACCCUCAAGCUUCCUGCAGGCUAUUUAAAGCCUCCCUUUUAGUCUAGGAUGGGGGCCUUCCCACAUCUUUGGUAUUAAAGUGUCUGUGAUACAAU